AUGCAGUGGCCUACGCUGUGGGCCUUUCCAGUCCUGCUCAGUCUCUAUCCCUCCCAGGCCCUGGGUCAGGAGAGAGGUGCCUGUCCAGAUGUUAAGAUCAUAGGUCUGGGGGCCCAGGACAAGGUGGCCGUCAUCCAAAGUUGUCCUGGCUUUCCUGGCCCACCUGGGCCCAAAGGGGAGCCUGGAAGCCCUGCUAUGAGAGGAGAACGGGGCUUUCCAGGCAGCACAGGGAAGAUGGGGCCUGCCGGCAGCAAAGGAGAGCCAGGAACCAUGGGGCCCCCAGGAGUCAAAGGGGAGAAAGGCGAUACAGGAGCUGCACCAUUGCUGGGUGAGAAGGAGCUGGGAGAUACCUUAUGCUAGAGAGGGCCCUGGAGCUGCAAAGACUUGCUGACACGGGGCAUCUUCCUGACUGGCUGAUACACCAUCCAUCUUCCUGACUGCCGGCCACUAACUGUGCUCUGUGACAUGUAUGUGGAUGGUGGGGGCUGGACCGUUUUUCAACGACGAGUGGAUGGGUCCAUCGAUUUCUUCCGAGACUGGGAAUCCUAUAAAAGAGGCUUUGGCAACCUGGGCACAGAGUUCUGGUUGGGUAAUGACUACCUGCAUCUGCUCACAGCCAAUGGGAACCAAGAGCUACGGGUCGACUUAAGAGAUUUCCAGGGUAAAACCUCCUAUGCCAAGUACAGCUCAUUCCGGGUGUCUGGAGAACAGGAGAAAUACAAGCUGACCCUGGGGCAGUUUCUGGAGGGCACUGCAGGAGACUCCCUGACAAAGCACAACAACAUGUCAUUUACAACCCAUGACCAAGAUAAUGAUGUGAAUAGAAUGAAGAAUUGUGCAGCACUGUUCCAUGGAGCCUGGUGGUACCACGACUGUCACCAGUCCAACCUUAAUGGGCGCUACUUGUCUGGUUCCCAUGAGAGUUAUGCAGAUGGUGUCAACUGGCUAACUGGCCAGGGCCACCGCUACUCCUACAAGGUUGCUGAGAUGAAAAUCCGAGCAUCAUAA